CUUUGAACCCAACCAGUUCUAGCUCCUUCUAGUGAUCAUCUACUGAAGAGAAACACAAAACUCAGGAGUUUCUGCACACUGGGAGAUUUCCAUUAUGCCAGGCUACUCAGAAUUUUAUUUCAACGUUAAUCAUGGUUAUCUAGAAGGACUGGUCCGAGGCUUUAAAGCUGGAAUCUUGAAAGCUUCUGAUUAUGUUAACUUAGUCCAGUGCGAAACUCUGGAAGACCUGAAGUUACAUUUACAAACCACAGAUUAUGGAAACUUCUUGGCCAAUGAAACUGGUCCUCUUACCGUUUCUACAAUUGAUGACAAACUAAAAUUCAAACUGUUGACAGAAUUUCAGUAUUUUAGAAAUCAUGCAUUUGAACCACUUUCAACUUUUCUAAAUUAUGUUACGGGACACAGUAGCUCAGCAGUUAAAGAUGCUGAGCUUGUCCACAGGACAGCUGACAAGUCUGGGUUCAAGACCCGAGUGCUGUGUGAUGGAGUAAGCUCCCCAGCUGACUUUUUUCAAGAUUGUAUAUCUGAAAAUGACCUGGAUGAAAUGAAUAUUGAACUCAUGCGCAACAAACUGUACAAGUCAUAUCUUGAGGCCUUUUAUGCAUUUUGCAAAAAAGAAGGUGGCACUACAGCAGAUAUAAUGUGUCCUAUUUUAGAGUUUGAAGCUGACCGACGAGCAUUUAUUAUCACAAUUAAUUCAUUUGGAACAGAACUAAGUAAAGAGGACAGACAGAAGCUGUAUCCAACUUGUGGCAGACUGUAUCCAGAAGGCUUAGAUAUGCUUGCCAAGACUGAGGAUUAUGAGCAAGUGAAGGGUGUGGCGGACUACUAUGCUGAAUACAAGGCUUGCUUUGAAAUGGUUGGAGGUAGUACAGGUGACAAAACCUUGGAAGAUGGUUUUUUUGAGCUUGAGGUAAAAAUGAAUGUGCUGGCAUUUAACAGUCAAUUUCAUUUUGGCGUUUUUUAUUCCUACAUUAAACUGAAGGAACAAGAAAGCAGAAAUAUUGUAUGGAUUGCUGAAUGCAUUUCUCAAAGGCACAGAACAAAGAUUAACAACUACAUCCCUAUAUUCUAAAUUGAUUCUUAGUGGUACCUGUUGUCAUUUAUUAAGGGUCCUUUACUAAAUUAUUCCUCAAAAAAAAACCACCAGUCUGUUUACAUGUUUGGCCAUUAGGAAGAAAUUGUCUUAGAAUGUAGCAUUUCGUUGUUCCCACAUGUUAAAUCUGUUUAGAUGAAAUAACUCAUAGCCUGAUUUGAGCAAUUUUCAGUUAUUAUAUUACAACAAAUGUAAGGUGAAUACAAAAGCUUGUGAUUAGGAUGUUUCAAAUAUCCUACUUUACGAAAGGCAAUCAUCCAUUUAAAGGGCUGUCAAAGAUGAUUUUCAAUAUAAAGGCAAGCGCCACUUGAAGAGAUUUUCAAGACAUGUAUGGCUUAAAGAUAAAUAAUAAUCAGUUUAUGCAGGACUUUAAUGCUUGUGAAUAAUUAGCACCUGAAGCAAAGGUUUCUAUGGAUGUGCUCAGGAAAUUGAAACUGGUGGCAGAAUGGUGCAAUUGAAAUGCUGAGUGUUUUAAUGUAUGUCCUAUAUGUGAUGCACAUAGUAAACAGGUAUACCAUUAAUCACACCAUUAUGGCUGCCAUAUUGACUUUUCUGAUAUAGAAUAGAAGAGAAUAGAAUAGAAUAGAAUAGAAUAGAAGAGAAGAGAAGAGAAGAGAAGAGAACAGAACAG